GCUGGGUGGAAGGUCUGCAGUGUGGUGUUUUAUUGUUGUUGUUGUGCCAGUGUAAUCUGGAUAAUAUCAUAUAUUUUCAUUUUUCUGAGAUCUCAUUAUGGCUGCUAAACAAGCGGAUCUGGCUCGAGAUACCGUCGAGGUCUCGGGCGUGCAACCCAUGACUACAGAUUACGGGAUCAAGAUCGCGGAUCCGGAUCAUUGGCUUCGGGUGGUGGAUGGGCAGCAUAAUGGGCCGUCGUUGCUUGAGGAUCCGAUUGCGAGGGAGAAGAUUAUGCGCUUCGACCACGAACGUAUCCCUGAACGAGUCGUGCAUGCCCGUGGCGCGGGAGCAUUCGGAACCUUCAAGCUGCAUAAAGCGAUCCCUGAGCUGUCCUCGGCUGGUGUUCUGACUGACACGGCUCGUGAAACGCCGGUCUUUGUGCGAUUCUCUACCGUCCAAGGGAGUCGCGGGAGUGCGGAUACCGUUCGGGAUGUUCGUGGGUUCGCGGUGAAGAUGUAUACUUCGGAAGGGAAUUGGGAUAUCGUGGGGAAUAAUAUUCCGGUGUUUUUUAUUCAGGAUGCGAUCAAGUUUCCGGAUGUGAUUCAUUCGGUCAAGCCGGAGCCUCAUAAUGAGAUUCCGCAGGGACAGAGUGCUCAUAAUAAUUUCUGGGAUUUUCAGUAUCUGCAUUCGGAGACGACUCAUAUGCAGCAGUGGAUCAUGAGUGAUCGCGCUAUUCCUCGCUCGUACCGGAUGAUGCAGGGCUUUGGCGUUAAUACAUAUUGUCUUGUCAACGCUCAAGGACAGCGCCAUUUUGUCAAGUUUCACUUCACCCCCGAGCUUGGUGUCCAUUCCCUGGUUUGGGACGAAGCGCUCAAGAUUGCAGGCCAGGAUCCAGACUUCCACCGCAAGGACCUGAUGGAUGCCAUUGAGGCAGGCCAAUACCCCCGGUGGAAGUUUGGUAUCCAGGUGAUCCCAGAAGAGAAGAAGAAUGAUUUUGAGUUUGACAUCCAAGAUGCUACUAAGAUCUGGCCCGAGGAACUGGUGCCCAUCGAGUACAUUGGACAGCUAGAGCUCAACCGCAACGUGGACGAAUACUUCCCCCAGACCGAGCAGGUCGCUUUUUGCACGAGCCAUAUCGUACCCGGGAUCGAUUUCUCGGAUGAUCCCCUCCUCGUCGGCCGCAAUUUCUCCUACUUCGAUACCCAAAUCUCCCGUCUCGGCCCCAACUGGCAAGAAUUGCCAAUCAACCGUCCUGUGUGCCCAUACAUGAGUCUAGUCAACCGGGAUGGGGCGAUGAAACACCGCAUCACAAAGGGCAAAGUGAACUAUUGGCCCAACAGGUACGAUGCUAACCCCCCGACCUCACCGGAAAAGGGUGGGUUCGCGACCUACCCUGAGAAGCAGCAGGGCGUGAAAGCUCGCGCCCUGUCCGACAAGUUCAAGGAACAUUUCAACCAGGCCCAGCUGUUCUACAACUCCCUCAGCCCUAUCGAGAAGCUCCACGUUUCCAAAGCAUUCUCGUUCGAGCUGGACCAUUGUGACGAGGAGGUCGUGUACAAGCGCCUCUCAGAACGUCUGGCUGUCGUGGAUCUCGAGCUGGCUAAGACCGUCGCGAAAAACGUGGGAGGCGACACCCCAAGCAAGGCACCGAAGGACAACGAUGGCAAAACGUCCAAGGGCCUCAGCCAACUCGAGUAUCUUUCCGACAGCGCCCAGAUUGCCACCCGUCGAGUUGCCAUUCUCAUCGCGGACGGUUUCGACCUCGACUCGUACCAGGGCAUGAAGAGCGCUUUGCAAAAGCAGAAUGCAUUUGUCUUCACCAUUGGCUCGCAACGUCAAGGGGUCACCUCGGAGUCGGGUGAGAAAGUGAUCCCGGAUCACCAUUUCCCAGGCAUGCGGUCUACUCUAUUCGAUGCGGUAUUCGUCCCUGGAGGAAAGCACAUUUCCGUGUUGGCGAAGAACGGCAUUGCCAAGUUCUGGAUCACCGAAUCCUUUGCUCAUCUGAAGCCCAUUGCGGGUGCCAACGAAGCCGUGGACUUUAUCCGGAAACAAAUCAACCUCGAUGCGAUCAAGUAUGCGUCGAGUGGCCAGGUGACGGAGAGUUACGGCGUGGUGACCGCUCAUGGCAGCCCCGCGGACCUGCUGCGCGUAUCCUCCAAGAUUGACCAGACCAGCAAGGGAUUCCUUGACCAGUUCGUUUGGCAAAUCUCACGGCACCGAAACUGGCAGCGGGAACUGGAGGGCUUGGUGGAUGAGAUCGCUGCCUAGAUGUUAGCAACCCAUCUGAUAAUGAGAUAAUGAAAG